AUGGUGGGCCCAGAGGGCUGCGACAAGGCGCAAGUGGUUCUGACACGGGUAGACGGGGACGGAGUGUUCGAGCUCGGCGCCUUCUACGAGAUCGAUCAUGAAAUGCUUCCCCCCAAGUCCCCGAUCCAGCUGAAAGCCAUUCGAGUCGUAAAGGUGGGCGAGGCGACGAAGCUGGACGUAACGGUUAGCUUCCCAAGCACGCUCGCGCUGCGGAACUACUUCGCGAUUUCACCGGAGCCUGGCCGUGAUCCGGAGCUGGACGAGAGGUUCGUCAUGAGCUCGAACCAGGCGGGAAGGAUACUCCGACGGCCAGUGCCCCAGUCAGAGCUGGAAGAACAGAAGCACCUGGAGAGUUUCUGGCUGUCGACUUCCAACCUGCACGAGUUCCCCCUGCCUAUGGUGCCCAUCGGAUCAGUAACGGCAGAAGACGAGAUCGGUAAGCGAGCGUCGCCAGUUGGAAACUGCCUGUUGACCAUCAAGCGCGCAGGCUUUCUUGGCUGGGGGAUCCGAAGAAAGGUUAAGUACAUUGGGAGGCACCGCGAGAUGUCUUUAUCGAUGUCCGAUCAGAAAGACGAGGAGCAGCAACAUGAAAAGAAAAGAAAACGGGAGGUCGUCGAGGAGGAGGAGACGGAGAAGAAGAAGGAGAAACAAAGGGGAAAGAAGGGUGAGAAGAAGACAAAACCUCGGCGCGACAACGAGGAUAAGUGGAGGUGCGUGAAGGAGCAGCAAAAGGGGAAGGGGAGCAGGGACCGGUGGUCUUCCGAGAGGUACGAGGCAGCAGAGAUGAAGCUGCUGGAAAUCAUGAAGGUGAAGAAGGCCGGGCUCGGGAAGCCCAUCAUGCGGCAGGCGCUGAGGGAGGAGGCGAGGAAGCACAUUGGGGACACGGGGCUCCUGGAUCAUCUGCUGAAGCACAUGGCGGGCAAAGUCGUGAUGAACGGCACCGAGCGGUUCCGCCGGCGGCACAACUCGGAGGGGGUGAUGGAGUACUGGCUGGAGCCGGCGGACCUGGUUGAGGACCGCCGGAAGGCCGGGGUGGUGGAUCCCUACUGGGUCCCUCCGCCAGGGUGGAAGCCUGGCGAUGCCACGUCUGCGUGCGCCUGCGGUGGUGCGUGCAAGCCUGUGAUAAAACAACUCAGAGAGGAAAUAUUAAUUCUCAAGAGGUACCUUUCUCUCUCUCUGUCUCUCACACACACACACACACACGCACACUCGCUCUCUCACACAUACACAUGGUUCAUUUACUUGUUUGGUGAAAUGAACGUGGCACAUGCAGGGAUUUGGAGCAGCUGAGCUCA